AUGUUCCUGCGGGCAAUCGGACGGCCAUUAUUGGCUAAAGUGAAGCAGACGACGGGGAUCGUCGGGCUCGACGUUGUCCCGAACGCGAGGGCGGUGCUGAUCGAUCUCUACACCAAAACCCUAAAGGAGAUCCAAUCGGUGCCGGAGGACGAAGGAUACAGGAAAUCCGUGGAAUCGUUCACGCGCCACCGUCUCAAUGUGUGCAAGGAGGAAGAAGACUGGGAGGUGAUCGAGAAGCGUCUUGGUUGCGGUCAGGUCGAGGAGCUCAUCGAAGAGGCUGAAGACGAGCUCACCCUCAUUGCCAAAAUGAUCGAAUGGGACCCUUGGGGUGUUCCAGAUGACUACGAAUGUGAAGUGAUCGAGAACGAUGCGCCGAUUCCGAAGCACGUUCCGCAGCACCGACCAGGUCCUCUUCCUUCAGAGUUCUACAAAACCCUUGAAGGUCUUCUUGCAGAGUCCAAAAGGGAGAUUCCAGCUGCUACCACCACCACCACCACCAGCGAUCCUCAGUUGAAGGAGUGA